AUGUAGUAAUAUACUUCAUCAAGUAUGAGAUGUAUUAUUUGUAAUUAAUAAAUAAUAUGUUUUCCUUACAGCUCAAACAAGAAUGGCAAUGGCUGGGAAAAUAUUUGUGUUCCUUGAUAAAGAAGCUUGAAAGGUAUUCAAGAAAAUCCAGCUGGCUUCAAAGCUACCUGGACUAUUUGUCUAUUUCAGAUGAGUGUUGUUGAGAAGUUGAACCAACAUAUUGUUCUUCCUACCAACUAAUCUCAAUGUUUCUUCCUGCUCUCCUUUCUAUAUAAGCUUGCCCAAAUACAACCCCAGACCAUAACUCUCUAAUCCAAGCUAGAAAUAGAAACAAAACAUCUUCACCAAGAAUGGCUCAUCAUCUCAACCCAUCCUUUCUCCUGCUUUUCUUGAUCACUCUGUCACCGGCUUUCGUACAAAUCGAGGCCAGAAACCUUAUGGAGAUCACAUUGCCUGAAAUCCCAACAUUGCCAAAGCCUGAGCUGCCAGAAAUUCCAAAACCAGAGCUACCAACAUUCCCAAAGCCUGAAAUCCCAGAAAUCCCAAAACCAGAGCUACCAACAUUCCCCAAGCCUGAAAUCCCAGAAAUCCCAAAACCAGGGCUUCCAACAUUACCAAAGCUUGAAGUCCCAGAAAUCCCAAAACCAGAGUUUCCAACAUUCCCAAAGCUUGAAGUCCCAGAAAUCCCAAAACCAGAGUUUCCAACAUUCCCAAAGCUUGAAUUCCCAGAAAUUCCAAAACCAGAGCUACCAACAUUCCCAAAGCCUGAAAUCCCAGAAAUCCCAAAACCAGAGCUACCAACGUUCCCCAAGCCUGAAAUCCCAGAAAUCCCAAAACCAGAGCUUCCAACAUUACCAAAGCUUGAAGUCCCAGAAAUCCCAAAACCAGAGUUUCCAACAUUCCCAAAGCUUGAAGUCCCAGAAAUACCAAAACCAGAGUUUCCAACAUUCCCAAAGCCUGAAUUCCCAGAAAUUCCAAAACCAGAGCUGCUUAAGAAGCCAUGAUUUCUUGAAGGCUUGCUUGAGCGUGCGCACACACAUAUUCUCCAGGAUUCUCAGAUUAUUUACACUUAUGAUUGAUACAUUCACUAUAUAUUCCGGUCUUGAACGAAUGGAUGCACGAUGUUCUCUACGUGCAGUGUGUUAGGACUCAGAUCAUUCAUCAUCUGUACUACUCAUCUUUGAAUUUCGUACUUAAGUGUGUUUCAUUUA